UACGAAAACACCAAUAUCCAUCUCAGCCACACACAGAAAUGCCUUAGCUACACACAGAUAAAACUUGCCCCAGUUCUGCUUUUCUUCUGCAUCCACCAACUCUAUCUUCAUUAUGAUUGCACUAAAGAAUUUCAAGUGCAGUUACCAAUCCUCGUUUCUCUCCAGUCAUUCAUUUCCCCAAUGGUGUAUGAAAUCGAAAAGCGGAUUUGCACCGAGGCAGGUUGCUUCUACUGCUGCACAAGUUAGAAAGCUGGGAGUGAGGGCUUGCGCUGGUGAAGGAGAGAAGAAGGCCGAAAGACGAAGCUUCUUGACUCUAGAAGAAGCCGGUCUGGUCGAGAUUUCCGGUCUUGGCACUCACGAGCGCUUCUUAUGCCGCUUAACCAUAUCAUCACUGAAUCUACUGAGAGUGAUAUCAGAGCAAGAAGGGUGUUCAAUUGAGGAGCUGAAUGCAGGGAAGGUGUGUGAUUGGUUCAUGAAGGAUAAGCUCAGGAGAGAGCAAAAACUGGAUUCCGCUGUCCUUCAGUGGGAUGAUUCUGAAUUCCAGUUUUGAGCAACUUGUUGAGGGCUAAUUAUAUAGUUCUUGGAAAAAGACCACUCUGAUCAAAUUGCUUUGGAGAGGGUGAAUGACUGUUUUGACCCCUCGUCCAUGUACUUGUUGUCCUUUCGUGGAGGCCUUAGAAUACUCGUUUUCAACACAUUCGCCCAUGGGUGCUUUUGGCAAAGAUUGGGAAGAACCUUUUGGGUAGUAACGUGAUCUUUGUGAUUGGUGCCAACCUUUGGAGCAAGUUUCAUUAGGAAUAUGUUCCCUUUCUAUCUUUUUUUUCUCUCUCUUUUUUUUUUUUUUCUGUUGAAUAAAAGAGCAAAAUCUUUCAGAAUAAGAAAAAA